GUGAGAGCAGCAGGGCAACAGAAGAGGACAGAUGGAUUAUCUGACAUGCGCCUGGAUUGACCAACGUUCCUAUUUAAGUCUUGAAUCCUGCUUUUCCUCCUCAGAGUAAAAUCUGAAAAUGCUUUCCAGCACAUGUGGAUUCUAGCAGCUUUCGAACAGGUAGACGGAUCGGUGCAUAAUUUUUUAUUUCACUGGAACUAAAGAUUUUUGCCAGAUUUUUGGCAAACUUUGUGCUUGGAUAUCAAGAAACUGUAUAUUUUGGGGAUUUUUUUUCUUCUUUUUUUUCUGAAAUUGAACAACUGCCUGGGAAUACAAGGGCCAACACUGGAGCAGCCAAGACUAAUCGUUAAAAUUUCACCAACAAUUUAGAAAGAAUUAGAAAGCACUAGGAGAGUGGAAAAAGAGGUUAGUUACUGGAAUGCACACAUAUCACAUGGUGUUUUGUGUGUUUUCUUUUAUGUAAUCUUUGUUCAUUCAGACUGUUUUAUUUUCCAAAACAGACUUGGACUGCACACUUUCUGAUAAUCAGCCUAAAAGCCUUUCAACAGUGAAGAAAAGGACCUCGGUGGAUAUCAGCUUGAAGAGACUUGCAGAACAGAUAUUAAAAUCCUUCAGAGGGAGAUUUAAGAAUUUCACUCACACACUGAAUAAUUUGGACUCUGCAGAGGGACCAUCUCACCCAGUCUGGACUGUGGAGGGCUCCCCUCCCUGCCCUCCCAGUCUAUCCUCGACCCCAGCAGCAUGUCCCAGGCUCUGAGGCUGCCUCUAGUCCUCCUCACAGCACACUACCAUGACCAGAUGGGCUGCUGGAGGGAGUAAGGCUGCCUCUGCCUCGUCCUGCUCCAGGCCUGGGUUAGGGUCCUGUUUUGGCUCUGGGGUCAACUCCAGACUGCUCACCCCCCUGUCUCUCCCUGUACUGGUCACCCUGGUGGUUUUCUCCCUGUCCUUACCCGAGGCUUCCUGCCACCAGCUCCGCAGAGACAGACUGAGGCUCGCCAACCCGCGAACUCUCAGGGCGCCACAGAACAUUUCAGAGACUGAACUGAUCUCGGAACCCAGGGCCACCGGAGGCCCCGCGGGUCGGACCGGGGGAGCGCAGGGGAGGCAUGUGCGCAGCUACAACCACCUACAAGGGGACAUACGGAGGAGGAAGCUGUUCUCUUUCCAGAAGUUUUUCCUGAGGAUUGAUAAGAAUGGAAAUGUCAAUGGAACCAAGAGCAAGGAUGAUCCUCUAAGUAUUCUGGAAAUCACAUCAGUGGACGUGGGAGUGGUGGCCAUCAAAGGCCUGAACAGCAACUACUAUCUGGCUAUCAGCAGGAAGGGAGAGCUGUACGGAGCGAGAGAGUUUGGCGUCGACUGCACCCUGAAGGAGCGGAUUGAAGAGAAUGGCUACAACACAUACGCAUCCGCCGAAUGGAGGAACAAGAAGCGGCAGAUGUUUGUGGGUCUAAACGUCCACGGAAAGCCGAUGAGGGGAAAGAAGACCCGCAGGAAGAACAUGGCAACACAUUUCCUCCCAAUCAUGGUGUGAACUGGAGAACUCACUGGACAGAGAGGUUUUCAAUGCUGAGAAGCUGUAAAACAAAAGACUUUAACUGAGAAAUCUCUCGUUUGGAAAAAGGGAACCAACACUGUCACACAAACAAGUGGUCUCUGCUCCUGACUUUAAUUGAGAUCAUGCAUUUUUAUUUGUUGGGAGCAGGUAAUAUCUGUGUUUUCAGGGGUGCAGAAUGCAAUGUUUAUCCUUUUUUUUUUCUGUGCCAAACAGUCUGCAGCUGGAGUAUGUGUGUAAUGUGGGCAACACAGAAGAUACUGUCCUAGCUAAUGAACUGUAGUGGAUGCAGAAGUAUCUUAAGAUGUUAUUUAUAAUCCAUAUUCUCCAGUGAGACGCAUUAAAGAGGAGGGUCAGUCAGUUUAUCAUGACAGCAUUAAAUAAUAGAGAAUACAACACAUUUUAAACAACUGUUUGAUACUUAACCACUGUGUUUUGACUGAAUUUUAAUGAUUUAUUUAUUUUGUGAAAUAUUUAACUGGAGGGGAACACAAGCAAAGCUUUGCGUUAUUUACUUUUUAUAGGAAUGCUAUUAUGUGAAAAUAAAUUUUCUCCUCUACAA